ACGUUUGUGACUUGACAGCGGUCGACCGGCCGAAGUCAUCGGGACUGUGAGGAAAGACUUUGCCGCCGCUGCUGCCAGCUUCCCUCCCGUCCGGUUAAAAAAAUAAAUAAAGAAACAAGCUACCACACUCGUUUCUCGCGGAUUUACCGGAUUUUAACGGUUGUGGAUUCAGUCGUUACUUUCUUCCUCUCAGCGGUGUUCGCGUUACCCCGCGGCUGGCGGUUAGCAUCGGUUAACGUUACUCCUGCUAAACAUGGUGGCCUGUAGGCAAGGAGGAGAAACGAGCCCGGUUUGGGGGGAUUUUAGAGGAUUUUUAAAGCCACUUGGACGGUUCUUACUGUGAAACACUGGACGCAUUACCGCCCUCGUUUUUUUGUUUUUAUUCGGAGGUUUGUGGACGUGUGGCUGCCUUUUCUGUUUACGUUCAAACACUAGCCGCGGCGGACCAGCACCGUCCGUGUUUCGUGGACCGUGGAUAAUUGCAACGUUACUUGUGCCUAAAAAGUUGUCCCCAGGCCGCAUCAAAAAGUUUCCCAGCCGAUGUGAGAAAGUUGUAAAAGAUGCGCUCACGUCUGGAAGAACGCGUCAAAUAGCAACACGGUUUUUGUUUUUACGACCGGUGUGUUUAUGUCACGGAUGACUUGACCCUCUCAUAGAAAUGAAAUUUGUGCACAAGUGCGUCCUGCUGGAACUAUUUUACCCUCUGAGAUAGCUCCCCAUUUGGGGUUUGAUUCAUUGCUAAUGUGUGGAUUAUUAUGGAUUAUUAUUAUGGCCUCAUCCAGGAAUUUUGGGAAUAACUGCUAAUGUUGUUGUUGCUGAUGGUGAAGAUGAUGAUGAAUGUUACAGAGAAAAGCGAUGGUGCACCUUCGUUAUGAUUUUGAGUAGAGAGGAGUUAAUUACAUGGAGACUCGCCUGACAUGCCAAGGAAGGAGUUGCCACUACCUGAGGGCUGGGAGGAAGCCAGAGACUUUGAUGGCAAAGUCUAUUACAUUGAUCACAUUAACCAGUGCACCAGCUGGAUCGACCCCAGAGACAGGCAGACGAAGCCUCUGACGUUUGCAGACUGCAUCGGGGAUGAGCUGCCAGUUGGGUGGGAGGAGGCGUACGACCCCAUCGUCGGCUCGUACUAUGUCGACCACAACACCAAGAGCACCCAGCUGGAGGACCCGCGAGCCCAGUGGCAGCGGGAGCAGGAGACCAUGCUGCGGGAUUACCUGGCCGUGGCCCACGAUGCACUCAGUGCCCAGAAGGAGAUCUACCAGGUGAAGGAGCAGAGGCUCCGCCUGGCGCAGCAGGAGUACCGGCAGCUUAAUGACACGUGGAGGGACAAGUCGACGUCACAGACCAGCUUGAAUUCCAGAUCGUCCUCGUCCAGCAAAUACGACCCAGACAUCCUCAAAGCAGAAAUAGCCACAGCCAAAAGUCGGGUGAACAAGCUGAAGCGGGACCUGGCCUGUAUGAAGCAGGAGCUGCUGUACAAAGAACAAGGCUUCGAGACCCUCAGAGAGAUUGACCAGAAGGUGUCCAACAGCCCGUAUGGCUACAAGCUGCAGGAGGCACAGGCUAUUCUCAGCGAGGUCCGCUCCAUCCGGGACGCCAUCAGCUCUGGGGAGAAGGAGAAACAGGAACUCUUGCAGAAACUGGCAGUGUUGAAGGACGCUUUCCAGCUGGACUCGGGCUCCCAGCAGGAGCUGUGGGGCAGCAGUCCCUCGCUCGCCAACUCGGAGCUGUCCAUCCCUCGGCUCUACUCCGACGCCGGCUCCCAGACUGACAUCCCGGUUGAGUUCAUGACCAGCACAAACAAACUGGCAGAGAAGGUUCGUCUGAGUCUGAAGUACGAGGAGGCCAAGAGAAGAAUCGCCACCAUUGAGGUUCAGAUCGCCAAGCUAGACAGCGAGGCGUGGCCGGGGCUGCUGGACCCGGAGCGAGACCGCCUCAUCCUCAUUAACGAGAAGGAGGAGCUGCUGAAGGAGCUGCAGUACGUGAGUCCCCGUCAACGCUUGGAGCCCAACGACGCUGAGAAGCUGGAUGCUGAGAAGAAACGCCUGGAGAGAGACCUGCAGGCCGCCAGAGACAACCAGAGCAAGGCUCUGACUGAGAGGCUGCGACUUCACUGCAAGAGGAACAAGCUGGUCAGAGAGCUGGAGGAGAUGGUUCGACUGGCCACAUCACUACAUACUCAACUCAAAAGCCUGUCGGCCAGCACUCUGUCCUGUUCGUCCGGCAGCAGUCGGGGCUCUCUAACGUCCAGUCGCGGUUCCCUGGCCACCACCUCCAGCCUGGGCUCCACCUCCUCCCUCAGCUUCACCGACCUGUACCUGGAGCAGCCCGAGCUGGCAGACCCGGACUUCCAGAACAAGCUGGACAGCCUCCUGCAGGAGGGCGGCCAGGGAGGCUACCGGCCCUCCAGCUCCAUCACCACCAUACAUGAACACGAAGUGGUGACGGGCUGCGGCGUGAGGGACGCUGGGAGGUCUGAGGGCAAAGCAGGCGGGGUGGGAGGAGAUGUGGGGUGUUCUGCUGGAAGAGGUGCAGGAGGAGGCAGUGGUGUCGGAGUGGAGUCCGUGUCGUCCGGCGUCCAGGUGCACAAACUGUCAGAAACCCCUCGCUCCAUGAGCUCUUUAUCUCCGCGGUCGUCUCUUUCUUCGCUGUCUCCGCCGUGCUCGCCGCUGGUCACGGACACUAAUUUCCUGUCUGGAGAGACAUUUGCAGGACAGACGGGGCCUGGCGGGUUGAGCCUGGAUCUGGAGCUCCACAGCAGGCUAGCAGAACUGGAGCUCCACUUGGACUCUAAGGAGCAGCGGCAGGAGGAACACGGGGGUCCUGGAGGCCUGGAGGAGAAGCACAACCACAACAACGCACUUGGCGAGGUCAAAGACUCUGCUCCCCAGCUGCGAGCGACGGGGACGGGGCCAAAGAAGAUGGGCGUGACCUCAGCCGUGUCUGACGAGUCAGUGGCUGGUGAUAGCGGUGUGUACGAGCCUUCAGAGCGCAGGCCGGGCCUCCCUGCAGACCUCCUGGGCUCCUACGAGGAGAGGUUGGCCCUGGGCUGCUCUCAGGUGCAGCUCGGCUUCCGCUACGAGUCCAGAGACCAACGCUUCACCAUCUACGUCAUGCAGCUGUCCAACUGCAGCGCCCUCUGUCUGCCGGCUGACCAGAAAAUGUAUGUGCGUUCGGCGGUGCUGCCCUGCGUGGAGGCCACCCGCUGCCUCUUCCGAACACGGGGCUGUCUGCCUCAGGACGUCGUGGAGGUCAACGAGGUGUUCAGCAUGCAGAUAUCCCACUGUGCACUGCGGCAGAAGACACUGAGGGUCGACGUCUGCAACACCAGCAAGUCGGGCCAUGAAGAGUGUCUGGCGGGAGCCCAGAUCAGCCUGGCUGAUGUCAGCUGUUCGGAGGAGAGGUGCACCAAGUGGUACAACCUGCUGAGCCGCGCCUACAUGCCCGAGAUACACAACAAGGACAAAGAGAGACGAGCAGCCGGCGGCUCUGACAGGACUUGUGUUUCCAGCAGCGACAGAGUCGGAGCUCCUGAGGACGAUGAGUGGCAUGGCGACCCUCUGGAGGCUGAUAUGUUUGAUGAAGAAGGAAAUGGCAUGGAGCCUCUGGAGGAAGAGGGCGGGUUUUAUCCUGAGAGCAGCCAAUGGGAAGCAGAGGAGGAAGAGGAGGAGAAGGUGACCAAACCUCCUCGAGCAGCAGCAGCAGCAGCAGGAGCCAUCACAGAAAAGUUGAACAAGGAGACGAGCAUGGACAGCUUGUCGCCAUCCCACCACUGCUCGGUGGUGCGACCUAAGGAACGCCGCCCAGAUGUGCACCAGCAGAACCCCUUUAUGAGAGGGAACACCAUCAUCCGCUCCAAGACUUUCUCCCCUGGACCUCAGAGCCAGUACAUCUGCAGGAUUAACCGCAGUGACAGCGACAGCUCCACCCUCUCCAAGAAGUCUCCGUUUGUCAGAAACGCCUCAGAGCGACGCAGCAUGCGCAUGAAGAAGCCUCCUGUGCAGGUUAAAGGUCUGGACGGACUGCUGCGGACGUCCCUGGACCUGGAGAUGGACCUGCAGUUGUCUCGGACUCGCCAGUCCCGGCUGGCGCAGGAGCUGCGGGUGCUACGGGAGCUGAAGACGCAGCUGGAAAAGGCGAGGCAGCAGGGCCAGAGAGAGCUGCCGGCCUGGGUCCAAGAAGACGAGCGCUUCCGCCUCCUCCUCAAGCAGGCCGAGAAACAGACUCGUGAGGAGCAGCUGCAGGAGAAGCGGGUGGAGAAGAUGAUGAGGGCAGCAGCCAAGGACGUCCACAAGAUCAGGGGCCAGAGCCGCAAAGAGGUUCCUGAGGUCCAGACCUUCAGAGAGAAGAUGGCGUUCUUCACACGAGCAAAGACCAGCAUCCCCGACCUGCCGGCUGACGACGUGUAGAGAAGCAUUUCAAAGUAUUUCCCCCUCCGAGUCUUAACCUGCUGUUCCCAGACAAAUGAAGCAAACGUUUGGCGGUGUUAUGAAGAAUUAAAAAGACGAUAAAAUAUGUUUGGAAAACUCAAAACCAUGAAGAAACACAUUUUUAAAGAGCUCAGCAUUUCUAAUGUGGAUAGUCUUUGUAAAUUAGUGCUAGCACUGCUACAGCUUUUUGUUUUUGUUAUUUCAGCAUCUCUUCCACUCUGUUUCUAACAGGCUGUUAAUAGGCUCUUAGGUGUUUAAAAUCAUUCCAGAACAAAGUCACACAGCUGCACAUGUGCAUACAAAGAGUUUUGUACUAAAAUAACAUUUACACAAAAAAAAAUCAAUGUAUAUUGAUAGCAUAAACAAUGGUACUAAAGCAAAAUAAUCAACUUAAGCUGAUGAUAAAUGAAAAUUAUCUAAACUUAAGAGGUAUUUAAUAUUUACCUUCAAGUGAUGUGUUGUUUUUUUUGUUUUUUUAGAGCAUUUCGAAAACUUUCUACGCUUAAGCACACCUGAAGCUUGUCUGCAGAGUAUAAUAUUGACAGCACAGAUGUUUGUACAUAAGUAUCAUCAGCAUGCCUUCUGUUUCAGCUCUGGCGUCUCUCGCUACACGACGCAACACAAGAGGAAACCUGCAGUGUGUGUCUUUGCUGUACAAACAUUACUAAAUUAGCUGGCUCUACUGAUUCAAGAGCGUUUCUUUUAAUCAGCGAGACCAGGUUUUAGCUCUGAAGUAAAAACUUGUCGUGGUUGUCUCUCACCAGUUACACACACACUCAGCAAAGUAUAGAAAUAGCACUAACUCACUAACACUCAGGUAGUUUAUCGGAUAGUCUGCACUUUAAGAAACUUGAGGUUUUGAAAAAAAAGAGACAGAAAAAAGAAACUUGAUGUGAGGUUUUUGGAAAAUGAAAAAUAUCCAGAAACCUUUGCCUCGAGCUGGAAUGAUUUUUGAUUGUUGAGGCACACGAAGAUUGUCUAAACACACACACACACACACACACACACACACACACACACACACACACACACACACACACACACACACACAGAAAGUGAAGAUCAAAUGUAUUUUUGAUGACUGUGAACUUCUUGCUGAUUGUAUGACUAAAAGGAAGUGACUAAUAGAAAGAUAGCAGUCCUACUUUUCCUCUCAAGGCUCCUGAUCUACUGGAUAGUGAAAACAUUUUCUGCUCUGACAACAUAUGAGCACUGUAUGUGGUCAGUUUUUAUAGUUUCCACUGGGUAGCUGCAUAUUCUGGAUACAUAUCUGAGUCGCUGUCAUGUCUCUUAUUCAGCUGGACGUUGUAAAUCUCUGUAAUGCUGAUUCAUGUUAGCACGGUGCCCCCGCAAAACUGAACAUGUCACCUUUUGUUUCUUCUUAUCAAGUCUUUAAAGCUGCACAAACUGAUAUUUUAACAAUGGGUUGAAUGAAUGUAUAACAUGAAAAGGUGCCUCUCUUAUUGGUGACACCACCUGACUCUUAAGUCGCCUUCUUUCUUUCUUUUUUUUUUUUUUUUACAUCUUUCACCUCAUUGUUUUGGUUUUGAGGAACUUUAAGCCAAGUUCACACUACACGAUCGUAAAAAAAGGGGGCUCUCUGUCACAUUGCUGACACUAGACAGAUAUCUAGCAUGCUAAAUAUCUGGGACUGUCGGCCGACUCGACGUCCACAUCCAGCCAAUCGGAGCAGGCAGCUACUUUUUCGCUAAAAAACAUUUUUUACUCGCAUCCAACUCUCUCUGUAGCACAAUCAAUCAAAAUCCCUGCUGCCUUCGUGUGCUAAUCCGAUCAUUCAUCCAGAUUUUUUGUCUUCAUAAUGUUUAUUAUUAUGAUAAUAAACAACUCCAGUUUCUUGACAAUAAACGUGGUUUGGAGACCAGCCGUCGGGUGACCGUCAUCGUCAGCUCGUGAAGUGUGUGAUAAACUAUCUCGCUACCAGGGGCAACAGGGAAUAUUGUCACCGAGGUCAAAUAUAUUUAAAGUUUUUAAAGAUUUCGUCAGUUGUCCGACUGCUUUGACGUUUGAGCGAUGCUUAUUUUCAAGGUUUCAGCUGCUGCUGCGAGAGUCUUGCUCUAUCAGCACAUAUGUUACGUGUUCAUAUUCAUGUAACCUUUGGUAGUGUCUGUGUCCUGUGGCUGGAUAAAAGGUUAAAGAAAUGUUCUGGAAGUGGAUUUAGAGAAUCACUUUACAGUAAAGGGAAAUUAAAUCAUUUGUUAGGAGGCUUCAGCUCCAAGCAGCAUGGAGUGUUAGUUAAUUUCACCAAUGUUGUUAGAUAAUUGAUCAUGCAGAACCUCCCAAGAUGCCGUCAGUUUAUGGAAUUAACACAAACUUUUCCGCAUGCUGUUAAAUGUGAGCACUUGAUUAGUAACCUGGCUGUGAAAUCAGAAGAAAAAGAGUUGUCCUGUUAUUGUUGGCGUCCAGAAGGCUGUUAAAAAUGUAAUUCUACUGAGUCAGUUCACUGUUUUUUUUUGUUUGUUUUUUAUUAAGCUCAGUGAAGACUUCGACUCUGGCUCUUGUUAACUGACUCUGUUUGUACCUGGAUGUGGAGUAGCUGCUGCAGGAGGUGUCCCCGCUGCUUUUAUCAACAUUUCUCCUACGUUAAAGUGAAACUCUCUAAAACUCUAGACUGUUGAGGCGAGAUACUUCCAUGUUUUCUAGACGUUGUGAUAUUUUAAAUGAUCCUGCUGUUAACUGCACUCUUGUAGAAGACGUGACAUUUGAUUGAAAUAUUUAAAAUAGAAUUAAUAUUAAUAAUGAGCUUUGGAUUUCGGUGUCGGAGUGGGCACUUUCACCAGUCAAACAGAGAGAGACAAUACACAGAGGCCAAGUUAAACACUCGCAGGAGCAGGAAUCGAGAACAGAAUGCAUUGCAGCAACAAAACAGGUUUAGUUAUUUUACUUAUUAUUUUGCCUUCUACCUCAGUUUUGGACCAGUUGCGUAUUAUAUUUCUUCCACAUAAAGUGUAGUGACUACAGUACAAAGCAGAAGCUUAGCCUUUGUAAACAGUGUUUGGGAAAACCAACAAAUCAGCACCAGAAAAUGAAUUGACUCAUAAUAAUUAGAGGAGAAAUCACGACUCAAGGCGGCAGUAUUUUCUGGCUGAAAUGAUCACCUCUUGGGCAUUACCAGAAGAGAACACUGAAAAUAUAAUAAAUAAAUAAAGAGAUGGAACUAAAUCCUACAAAAAAAGGAAUAUGAAAUCAUUAAAUGUUGCUUCGUAAAUCUACAUGACUACGUCAUCAAGGUGUUGAUGCAUUCAGGGAAAUAGGGUCGUAAACGACUCAGUAGAAGUACUGUGGUCAGGUUGAGAGGACAGGGACACCCACUACACUGUUGGUAAAUUACACCCACUGUACACAGAAUAAAGAAACCGUUUUAGUUAGCUGGCUCUAAAAAAAAAACUUGAAGCAGAAAAGACAGAACACUUACAGUUAGAGUAGAAAAAGAGAUGAAACGAAAUGAAGAGUAACAAAAACGUGGAAAUAGACAAUCAAGAACCUAAGUCUGUCCGUUCUGCUCCCGCCUCAUGGGACCUUAUUUUGGGGGGGGGGGUGUACUGUAGUCUACGGUGAGAGGCAACAAAUUUGGUGUUUCCGUUUGAAUUGUGCCCUGAAAUACACACAUCAUUUUUUAACCUUUAUUUAUUCAGUGAGCUUCACUGAGAGCAUCCUCUCAUUUGCAGGAAGGCCCUGAUCACAAUCACACCGUUAGGGCACCUUAGUGGUGGUAAAUGAGGAAGGGAUUGAAUCGGCGAGCUCCCGGUCACAAGCUCGCUUCUCUGAGCUUUGGGCCGCCACUGCGCACACAUAUGAUGUUUCUUAAUUUAAAAUAAACAUUUGAAAGUCAAGGAAGUCGCAGUUUGUAGUGAAACAGUAAAGCUCGUUGAACUACAUCUGUCAACACGCACUGUAAUGCUAAGCUGAUGUUCACUGCUUGCUUGCUACUAGCGAAAAAAUGUCCCAUGGCGGUCCACUGGAAGACGAGGGACUUUUUUAUUCCUGUUGGGGGUGGGGGGGGUGGACUUUUGUCAUUUUGUCGUCAUUUCAUCAAAUCGUAUUUCGCAGAAAGUCGCUCCCAGCUCAUGAUGCUGAAUAAACUUCAUGUCGCCUUAUUGGAAACAAAAUGAAACCCAGGCUGUGUCCGAGGUCGCCAACUGGUCGUCUGUGUCAUCGUUAAGAGGUUCACGUCUUGCUGGGUCACCAGGUUAACACGUAGUUCGGGUACGUUAGGUGCUUCAGAUGAAAGUGUCCACGUGGCACAAACCCUUCUUAUAGUCACGUUUCCAUUCCCGGUGUAAACAAGAACGUGGCCGACACAAACCGAGCUGCUGCUGUCAUUCCAGAUGUUUUUCUUUGUUUUAUUGUUCGUCCAGAAACAGCAGCUCAUAAAAAAUGAUUGAACUGUAGAUCAGGUCCGGUGCAGAGUCGACUUUCAGGCCUGCCUUUGGUGUGACCCUCCAAUCCUUCAGUGAUCUCCAAAAAAAACUAACGCAAAAGUUAAAAUUAGCCUUGUUUUAUGAUAAUUAAAUGUUGUAAAUAGGAAGGAUAGUCACAACACGUUCAGGUAGACGUAGGAACAUUUUGUAAAUAACAAUAAUAAAUAUCCCACAACACUACAGCUCUUCAUCUCUUGUCUAUAAAGUCUUAUCAAAUCAAAGUUCACUCUGCGGCUGCGUUCACACUGCUGGAACAAAGUGUUUGAGUCUCAUGUUUUUAUAAUAGUGAUAUCCCACAUCAGUCACACUUCUCAACUAAACAAUGAAUUACAGAUCAAUACCAAAGAUUUGACACAAUCAGAAAUGGUGGUCGCUGGUUUCCUUGUGUCCUGGUGGUCCAAACAGGACUUGAUGUGUCUGCGUAGCCACGAGUGUUAUGUUUGUGAUGCUCCACCUGUGUCUGCAUGUGCGGACGUCGGGAAGACGGUGUGUUAAACUGUACUGUUGUAGAGCUGAAAGCACAACAUCUCCUCUAAAAUGUGGUGGAGCAGCAAAGAAGCACACAAUUACUUAAAGGUACUUGAUUAAAUGUACUUAUAGUUACAUUCCACUACUGUUACUACUAAUUUGCGCUCAGUGGCCAUUUUACAGCAGAACAGGUGUGUUGGGUUAGACAGGUAGACCUAAAACAUUCUUCUUUUAUGAUCUUUUUUUUUUGACACCGUCUUAGAGGUGUAAAUUAAAAGUGUGUAAUCCCGUACAGCUCGGAUGCACCGAAAUGAAAAUUCUUGGCACAAGCCGAAACCAAAUGAAAUGAUGAAAUUGAAAAAAUUAGCAGAAUACCGAACAAGUACAUUCACAUUUUUUUCCAUUUAUUUUGCCAAUUUAUUUAUUUUUUUUUUUUUUAUCACUGCAUAAAUUAAAUAGUCAAAAUGUGCUUUUUACUCAGUUCUGCUGUUAACCACGGGCUUUGGAGGGACUAUGGCGAGUGGGGGUCCGGUAAAUUAAAUUACACGUGUCCAUUUAUGUUUAAUGGAGACAUGUAAUAUGUUUUAUACUUUCUGUGAAUACAAUCUAAUCAAUCUUAUUUCCAUCCUGUACAGACGCCUUAUUUUGAAAACCAGACGUUGUCACAGAACUAACACUAACGACCCAGUUUGAUAAAUAAUGUUGUAUGUGGUUCUCGUACGGCGUAACGUGACUUUCCUACUGCAACACUCGUCUUUGUAAAGAGACAAACUGACAGGAUAAAGUCUCUAACCUGCUUGUCAGCUCGCUCUGGGCCGCUUCAGUGGAUUUACCAUAAAGGCUUGAAUACGAGUGCACUCCAAAUGUAGGUGCAGCUAGCUUAAUCGCCUUCUCAGAAAUGAGUGACAGGCAGGAUUUGUUUAACCACCAUAUUACUGUCAAUAACAGUCCCAUGUAGACUCAUGGCACAUAUGGUUUUCCACAGAUGCUGAUGAUGAGUUGGAAAUUUAUUUUUUCCUUGGAGGCGUCUUCUGUUCCAGAAGUCCAGACAUGACCGGGUUGUAGUUUAGGUUGAAGGAGAGACCCAGUCCUUUUAAGAUGCUCCUCCCGAGCUCUAAAACAGUCCACCAGGAGGCGCUGUUGUGUCUCAUCCUCAUAUGAGGUGCGUUUGAAAUGACUGCAGCUGACUUUCACAGACUUGAUCUUGCUUGGUCUAACGUGAGCUGCAGGCGACUGCAGGGGCGAGGUAUCAAAACACCGGCGUCAAGUCGGUAACAAUCUACCUGCCUGGGCUGACUGUGAGCUGAGAUCAGUCCAAAGGUGGUUCCAACUUUGUGCAGCCGGAGAAAAGCAACUAGCGAUCGCCGGGCUCAGCGACUGCAAGGUUUUACGAAGUUUUGCAGCGCCGAAAAAAGUCGGACACAAUUUCUAACCAGCAUGCCUUAUUUUAAGUCCAGCAUGCAUCACAUUAAGUCAGCGCUGCAAAUCGCCACAGGAAGUCCAACAUACCUGAUAUCUCAUUGGACAUUCUUUAGUUGCAACACAACCACAGCUCUGACAGAAAGUCUACCAACUGAGAUAAGCUUUAACCUCUGUAACAAAGGUCACAGCAAAAAAAAACACAACAAAAGGAAGAAUUUACAGCACAGCUGUUGUAUUGCAUUGCAGAAGAUUGUACAGGUGUACCUAAUAAAGUGGCCACUGAGUGCGUAUUUAGUUCAGUUUGAGGUCAGUUUCUAUCUCUGUAGCAACAUUUUAGAGAACUACGCAUCCUGAAGAUGCCAUCUAAUCUAAUGUGAAAAGGAUUUUUUUCCUGUGGAUGGUGCUAUGAUUAAUAUUGUCAGCAGCUCUGACUCUUGAUUUAUCCUGCAGUUAUUUUCUUCCAGUCUCGUUUUACCUCGUUUCUCUGUACGUUCACGGAGUCACGAGGCCUCUGGAUUUAUUAUUUUAAAACUUGCACGGACGCGUCUUCUUCCCUUUGGUGUCCACAGCCAACUCACCUUUUUGCCCCGCUCUCUGUCCACUGAGUCUCUCAGAUAAACAUCCGGUUCGCACGUCCUCCUGCAGUGUGAACGCAGCGCUGAACUCUGGCGGGGCUGAGGGUUUUACUGGAGCGGGAACACUGUGAAAUGAAUGAAAGCCUUUAGAGUUAUGUGAGGGAGUGUGCCUUUUCGGAGAGCAACAUGUAAACCAUUUUUUGUCUUAAAUGUCCAAACAUGGCCUGAUCUGAAAGAAGAAGCUGGAAAUGUAGAGAAGCGUUUGCAUUAAUUUUCCUAAUGUAAACUGUUGGUUUUGUUUUCCUCCACCGUAGAGCGAGUAGUUCUAAAGAAUAGGAGUCGGCGUUGUCUGAGGAACAGUGUUGUCUGUUUUAAAAAGUCAGCUGAACUUGUGUCACAAUCGACCGAAUGUUUAACCCCAAAUUGAAAAAGACAAAAAACAUCUGGAUGAAGGAAUGUAGGUUUUUGCCACGAGAAAUCACGAUCAUUCAGAGAAAAACACGAAUGCUGUUAGUCACAGAUAAUUUCUUUUUCAUCAUGUAGGUUGUGAUGCAAUUCAUGUUUGCUUUCUUUUUGAAGUUCAAGUGCAUUUUUUUUUUUUGUCUUUCCCGAAUGAGUCUGUAUUACGACUGUUGAUGAACGUGGUCAUGUGUACUGGAGGCGGCUAUGAGAAACGUACAGCAUGUAUUUAUUGCACUUUGUGAUUUGGGUGUGCUUUUCCUGUUUUUCUUUUUCUUUUCUUUUUUUUUUGCCAGUAGAGUCCCGAAAAGCUGUGAAUUUUAUUCUCAGACACUGUACUGUCAACCAGAGUUGUAAAUAUUUCACCAGCACAAAAAAAAACCAAACAAUGUGUUUUGUAGUUUCACAACAAAUAAAAAAAAGUUCUUCUCUUCUAUUUUAA